GAAGUGAACACCGGAAGUAUGUGCAUAGCGUCCCUGGAUGCAGCUGUCGAGCUCCCUGUAGUAGUUGACAUCGGUUCAUAGCUAACUGCCUGUGGGCGUAUUACACGAUAAAAGAACGAUGAAUCACUAAUUAUCUUAGCAUACCUCAAUUGCAGAGGAACAGUGUUGUCCACCGGUAGACGCGAUGAACUCUGCGGCUCUGCAGAUUGGAGACCAGCUCAUCCUGGAAGAGGAAUAUGAUGAGACCUACAUUCCCUCCGAACAGGAUAUCCAAGAAUAUGCCCGGGAGAUUGGCAUUGAUCCUGAUCGGGAGCCAGAGCUCCUGUGGCUAGCACGGGAGGGCAUUGUGGCCCCGCUGCCUCCUGAGUGGAAGCCCUGCCAGGAUGUGACAGGGGAUGUAUAUUACUUCAACUUCUGUACAGGCCAGUCUACCUGGGACCACCCCUGUGAAGAGUACUACCGCCAACUGGUGGUUCAGGAACGGGAGCGGGCCAAAUCCCAUAGCAACCCUGGAAAAAAGAAAGAGAAGAAAGAAAAGAAAAGUAAGAAGGGGAAGAAAGAAAAAAAAGACAAGGAGCCCAUGAAGAUCCCUGAUCCUGUGAGCGCAACACUUGGACCCCUUCAAGCCCCACUGGGGACCCUUGCCCCUUUGCGGGGCCUGUCAGAUGGACCCAUGUCCUCUCUCCAUGGUUCUCUCAGUGGCUCAGGGACUCUGGAGCCUCUCAAAAUGCCACUGAGGGUUCCAGUCUCUGGUUUGGGCUCCACUCCAGAAGGCCAGAAACAAGAGGAAAGUGUGUCACCUUCAUUGCCUGAAUUUGAAGUUGAGGAGGAUAAAUUCUCUGAGGAAGAGAGCUUGAGAGGGACCCCAAGGCUGCUGAAAAACCUUCACCUGGACCUGGACUCCCUGGGUGGAGGUUUGCAGUAUGAGGACAGUGAAGCCAGUGUGGAGGCUGCCGUGGAGGAGAAGACAGAGCCAGAAUUGCAGGGCCUCGCCCUCUCAGCAGACCACAGCCCUGAGCCACCAUCCCAGGGCUCUGAGGCGAGUGAACACAUAGAUGUGGCUUUGGCAUCUUUCGAUAACCUCAAGGUUGCAUUCAGGUCAGGGCUGUUGGAGAACAUUCUGGAUCUGGAUGAUCUUUCGCCUGCAGAAAUUACACCACCAUUGGUUUCUGUCAAAUCAGAGAACAACAGGAAUGUGAAUGCAAAGAUAGAAGAGAGAGCUAAAACUGCAGAGGCAACAGGCAGCUUUCUCCAGGUGGCAGUCCAAGACAAGAGCCUGGGCGGUGAGAGCCAGGACACUUCAUGUUCUGGACCUAGGCCAGAGGUAGAAGGGGGUAGCAUGAGCCUGGGGAAGAGGCUGGAAUCCUGCCGGGGAAAACUGCUGCGGAGCCCCCAUGCUGACUCCACAGAGCAAGUCCUGGACCAGCAGGUACAAGGAUACAAAGAGGAACUUCAACUUCGGCUGGAGGAGGAGAAAGAGAGGGAAGCCAAUGCAGAGUUUGAGAGAGCGCUACAGGAGAGACUGCGGUCCAUGAGGAAGGACAUCAGAAAGCAGGAGGAGCAGGAGGAGCAUAGGCUGCAAAAGGAAAAGGAGGAGAGAAUUCGAAUCCUGAAGCAGCAUCUACAGGAGGAGGAGAUGCAAGAGGAAGCGACGCUGAGGAAGGAGUCACAGCUCCGCCUGAAGGAAUUACGGGAAUCUGUGCUGCAAGAGGGGGAGACCCAGCAGCAGAAACUUAGGGAGGAGAUAGAGUCCAAACUGCAACAGUUAAGGACAGCAGCUGAAGCAGAGAUGAUGGUGGAAAAGGAGAAGCUGGAUAGGAGGAGGAAGGCAGACUUGGAGUCCCUGAGGCAGGAGAACAAGGACCUGCUGGAGGCUGAAAGGCACAGGCUGCAGAAGGAGAGAGAGCAGCAGCUUGAGGCUCUCAGAUCAGAGGAGAAGAUCAGUGACCUCCAGGAGGAUCUAAGGACACCUCGUCCUGUGCAGUACCUCAGCUCUUACCAGAAGGAGCUGGGUGACGUGUUGCAAGAGAUGAGGCAGGAGGUGCAGAAAGACCACAGUCGGAAGCUCGAGCUCCUGAGAGAGGAACACCAAUGUGAACUGGAGUCAAUCAGGGAGAAUCACCUAGUUGAGGAGAGCCGACAGAGAGAGCAGCUGCUCUCAGUACUGCAGGAGGAGAGGAGGCGGCUGCUGGCCUCCCACAGCUCUCAACUGGAAGAUCUACGCAUGCAGCUCAACUCUCAGUUGCAGCAAACCCGCCAGGAACAGGCACUCAAGGAGGCUCAGCUGCAGGAGCAGGGUCAGCUACUCGAGCUUAGAAUCAAAGAGCUGAAGGACCAGACUGCAGUACUGCAAGCUGAGGUGAAAGAGUUGAAAAAGAGAAAGCAGGAAUUGGGAGAGGAAGAAAAAGAAAAGCUGAGAGAAAAGGAGAUUUUGCCUUGCCUUCUGCAAGAGAGAGAUGGUGCUCGGGAAGAGAGGGAUCGUCUGCAGGUGGAGGUGGGUAGAGUUCGGGAAGAGAGGGACCGAGCGAGGGAGGAGGGCAGGAGACUGAGAGAGGAAAAACUCCGACUGGAGAGCAAAGUGGAACUUCUGCAGGAACGCUGUGACCAACUGAGCUGCAGAGUCAGCGACUUGGAACAGCGUGAGAGCACAAGGCAGGCUGGUACCAGGUUGAAGCAAGUCCAAAAGAGAGGGAAGGAAAAGGAGAAGAACACAGAGAAAGCGACACCUGCUGAUAAGGACAGAACUUUGCAGCUGGAGGACCUGGAGCACCCAACUUCUACCUCCCCGCUUCCCCCAUCCCAGGGCAGUGAGAGCAGCAUGGACGAUGUACGCCGAUACAUCUCCGCAGAGGGAGUGUCCAUACAGAAAGCCAGACGCUUCCUGGAACAACAAAAUGGCAGUCUGAGUGAGAGACAGGCAAUGCUGCGGGCAGCCCGAAGUAGCUGGGUUCAAGACCCUGCCAGGGCAUCCACUACUCAGGACCUCUUCAGAAAUCUCCAGAAGGAGGCCAGCCACCUGGAGCAGCUGAGAGCCACAGUCCAGCGAGGUCAGACACUUCUGCGUCGGAAAGAGGAGAAACUUAGUCAGCUGGAGAGUUCACUGGCAGAGGAGCUGUCAGAUGACGAUGUGGAAAGAGCCGCAGUAGACAGAAAAGUGACCUUUGAUGUCAGUGACUCCGAUUUGAGCAGCACUGAGGCCCAUGACAGCACAGGUGCCCUACCCUCAGUCCCAGCCAAAGUGCAGCAGUUGGCUGAGUCUCUGCAGCAGAUCUCAGGCCAGCUCAAUACUGUGUUGGGGGCCCUGGACUCCUUGGCUCAGAGACAAGCUCCCCUCUUGCCCCUUGCUAAGGCUUCCUACAAUCCUAUCCCCACACCUCUGCACCAUUCCUUCUCUCAUGGCCUCUCCUCUGCCUGGGCCCCCCCUGUCCAUAGUACCCCUGCCCAAAGUUUGGAGGAGACGCUUGGCACUCGCUGGAGCAAGCUCCUUCCUGCUGGGCCUCUACAAGCUUCUGGGAAUGCAGAAAAAACAUUGCUUCUCUCAGGGUCUCACGCAGCAGUGCAUUCAGCAUUCUCUGGGUACACACCAGCCAGUGAGUAUGCCCGCCGCCUGCGGUCCACAGUGUCCGGUUCAACAGAGGUGGAUGGACAGCGACUCCAGGAACUGAUUGAUGGCAACAAGAGGUGGCUGGAGAGCCGCAGGAAGGACUCCAAUGUGCCUGUAUUCACCCGUGUACAGAAACCUGCCUCCAUGAAUGGGCUGGUACAGCUGAGUCUUGAUGAAAACAACCAGAUAAAGGUGUACCGUUACUAAUUUUAAUGGAGGGAAGAGAGAACAGUGACCUCAAGAGCAGCACAAUUUCACAUCCUGCAAAUGUGUUAACUAUUUCUGAAUUGAAGGUGAAUAAAUGGUAUGACAUUCAACACAUGUGCAGUCCAAGGUAUGACCAGGUGUGAGGCAGCAGUCUGAACUUGUGGAGUUCUUAAUUAACAGCAUAACUUUCCAUUUUCCAAAAUGAUUCCAAAAAUCAGCAGUUGCAUAGGCAUGAUGUUAAUAUGAAAAAUCCUUCCAGCUGCAACAUAAAACUCAGCACAGCAUGGUUUAACCAUGUCCAUUGAAGCAUCUCCCACAGUCCAUUUAAAUAGCUUGGAGGAUUCAUUAGAAAAGCAACUGGUGCGUUUGUUCUCCCCAGUUGUGGUUGCUAGUCCAAGGGUUUCAGUUGAGGUGCAGUUUGUGUUCCUUUCCACCACAAAGAACUUCAGGGCAAUGCAGGGACCUGUAAAUACAGCUGGGCUGCUUUUUGCUUGGUUCAAUUUUUACACUGUGCCAUUUAACCCACUCAUCUGCAUCGCUAUUAGAAGAAGCAGUAGUCUAUUACAAGUCCUAGAAAAAUCUUGCGUCGGCGGUUACAUUCUGUUAUAUUCGCACACUUUGAAUUGGAUCUUGUCAUUUUGUGUAGGACUGUCUGGUUAAAAUAUGUAUAAGGUGUUCAGAGAAAGACCUUUUAAACAUUUCAUUUUGUUCAUGUUAGAAAUUCCAGUACCAGUAGUUUAAGAAAACAAGUAUGACAGGAUUGGAAAAUGUCAAUAGUUAUCUAUGAGCCAGUUGUCAAUGUUUGCUAUCAACAUCAGGGUUUUUAUGUUAAAACCACUGUACUGUCUUACUUCCAUGUGUCUUAUGUAGAUAACUGUGGAAUGUUGAAAUAUUUUUAU